CACAGCGACAGACACUUUGUUUCAGGGGAGAGUUCAUCACAAUCAUUUACAGACGAGGUGUGCGAGAAGAGAGCAACAGUGUCCGCUGGCUGCUUAAUCGAGGGGCAUUGAAAUAAGGAGGAGGACUGCAGGAUUGUACCGAAACCAGCCAGGAUUUCACGACAGACCUGUGUUAUUUUAAAGCCGCCUGAUCGUUAAAUCCGCAGCUGCUGUAUAAUUUGAAAUUUGAAAAGAAAAAAAAAAUCUGCUGCCUGGCGCUGCCUGUGCUUCAUUGAUUUGUCCGUCAAUUCUAGUUAACUAUUUUGUUGUAAACACGUCGUUUUAGUUCUCUUAGACAAACGCGACUAUAAAUAAAUAAAAACAUAUCUUGUUGUAUUAUUAACAUGGCUCGCCGGCAGCAUGAUGUUCCUGUCUUAAGGAGGCGAUCGGGUUUGAUAACGCUGGUGUUAUAUACACUGGCAUUGCAAGCUGCCGACUCUCAGAGGGUGAAGGUGGAGCCGGAGGUUUCCUCGUUCCCGGGGCAGGACGUCACCCUGCGCUGCAGCUUCUCCGACCCCACGGGCGAGGUCAAGAAGAGUCAGGUGACCUGGAUCCGGGAGACCCCUGAUGGCAAGAAAGUGAACAUCGCCGUGUUCAACCCCCAGUUUGGAGCGAGUUACCCCGAAAAGAGCAUCGAUGGGCGCAUCGCUUUCCGGGCCCCCUCCCUGCUGGACCCCAGCAUCGUCCUGCAGCGGAUCACCAUGGGGGACGAGGGCAACUACAUCUGCGAGUACGCCACCUACCCCAGCGGCAACGAGGAGGGCACGACCAGGCUGUUUGUGUUGGCCAAGCCCUCCAACAACGCCACAGUGCUCCCGGUCCGAGCGGGUCCGGACCCCAUCGCCGUGGCGCGCUGCGUGUCGGCCAACGGCAAGCCUCCGUCCGAGAUCACGUGGGUGUCGGCGCUGCCGGGGAACAGCACGAGCUCCAUGGUGAAGAACAGCGACGGCACGGUCACGGUGACCAGCGAGUACCGAGUGACCCCCUCCGAUGCCUUCAACGGCAAAGACCUGAGCUGCGUGAUCCAGCACAAGACCCUGAGCCAGCCCGAGAGCUUCCUGCUCAAAGCGUCCAUAGAGUACCCCCCCCGGGUGGUGAUCUCGGGCUACGAUGAGAACUGGUUCCUGGGUCGAGAGGGGGUGGAGCUGCAGUGCUCAGCCAAGGCCAACCCCCCUGCCACCAGCGUGGUCUGGACAGCUCUGAGUGGCGUGCUCCCCGGCUCUGUGGAGGUGAACGGGCCGGUGCUGAAGGUGAUGAAGGUGGACUAUGAACUGAACACCACCUUCAUCUGCGAGGCCAACAACAGCGUCGGCACGGGCAAGGUGGAGCAGAACAUCCUGGUCACAGAUUCUCGUCUCCCGAUGAAGGGGGCAGCCACGGGCAGCAUCAUUGGCGGGAUCAUCGCUGUCAUCAUCAUCCUUGCGGUCAUAGGCACCAUCGUCAUGGUGAUCAAGAGACAACGCGAGAACCGCACCAACGGAGACGAUGUGGAGGGACCUCCUUCCUACAGGCCCCCCCCUCCCAAGAAGACCGGGGGCUCCACAGAAGCACUUGAUAAACUCCAUGUGGAUGCUCCCUCCAGAAUCAAUGCCAUGGACGUAGACGCUUAUUACGAUGACCCUGCGGAGGCACACUUCAGAGACAACAGCUCCGGGCCCCCGGGCUACAGCUCCCCUAGUGGCCAAGAGGAGAACUACCAGCGCAGUGCCCUUGUGCAGGACGACUAUCUGGAGCAGACGAACCCCAUCUACAAUGAGCUGAGCUACCCGGAGCCAGGCUCCUCCCACGAUGGGCGGGGCUACAUGAUGUCACCGGCUGUGUACGUCUAGACCACACCCACCCUGACUCCUCCCUGCUAGGGGCGGGGGCUUUGUGAUGUCAUUGGCCACGCCUCUCCUUGUCACAGAUAUAUGGAUUAGACUAUUUUUUCUUUUUUCAAAUUAAUUCAAAUUAAGUGGAUAUUACUGUCCUGUUUUAUUUUUAAGCAGCCCUCCAUGAUAUACGCUGAAUAAGGCAUUGGCAGAAAUGUUUUGCUGUGUGGCGGUUGGACUUGUUUUUAAUCCUUACCCUGCCAUCUAAAAGUAUGCCGUGCUCCAAGGGUGUGGAAUUCAAGGCCCAGUUUACAGCUGCUUAACCACAUUGUCUGCAAGUCCCUCCCCAGGGCUUUCGGCGUGAUAACACAGAGAGCCGCUCUCGCUGGGUCGUGCGCAAGGGAUUAGACCAACUGCGAAAUGCUCACUCGAGGAAGAGGGACAUGAGAAGGAUUUAAACCACUUUCCUACCGAGAAAACCCACGAGAUCCUUCUCCUCAUCGUGCUUUACUCAAUUCGAGAAUAUCCAAAAUUUUCAAAUAACUCAAGAAAUACCUGCCUUUUUUGAAAUACCUGCCUUCCAGGUGAAUAUUUUAGCUGUGAAAAUUAUUAAAGCCUAGUGUCUCUCUGCCCUGUCAUACUCUCACUCUCUCUCUCUCUCUCUCUCUGUCUCUCUCUCUGUGCCUCGAUGUACAUAAAAUAGCUCAGUUCGCCCCCUGCUGGUUGUACAUAGAAAUGAUUCUGUAAGAAAUUGAAUGCAAACCCUUAGACAAGUUCAUGCGAAAUAAGACACUAAAGCAAAAACACAUGCCACUAAUUUUAUUUUCUUUCUUACUGAAUUUUUGAAUGUCAGUAUUUUUUUUUUUAAAUAUGGGGGGGGGGGGUGCUGUUUGUCAGGAGCUGUAAGAGAUCUGUCAAAUCUUAUUGACUGAAAGUGUCCUGCUUGAACAGACCGCACGGAGCACUAAUGGAACGAUUAUACGUCUAUCCAGUAUGUGUUGCAGGGGGGGCAGGUUUAACGGUUACACUCUGGUGUUCCAGCUGUGCUUAGAGAGAAGACGUGUUUGACAGCUCUAGAGGGACUGCUUUUUUUAAAAUAAAAAAUUAAAUAAAAAAUGAACUAAAAAUAAAUGUGAAAAUCCAGACCCUGAACCAAGUUUGUAGAGACGUCAGCUUUUCAGUUUGUCUGUGAUGUAACUGGAGAAACCCAGCUGUCUGUGCGGAGCUGUUAAUAUCAUUAUAGUCUGAAUCGGCGAUUGGACCAGGCUUCGAAUCGAAACUUUAACACGAAGGGAAAUCGGACCCAACAUCUAAUUAUUUUUACAAAGGUGAUUUUUAAGCCUUUUACCAAACUGCUGAUCCAAGACACUUUUUUGUAGCUGGCUGACCACUGCGUUCUACUGAAAAGGGGGAAGGGUCUGUUAAGAUUUGGAGAACUCUCUUAGUUUUUGUUAUUUUGUAAAAGUUCCUAAACUCUGCCUGUUACUGUCCUGUUCCGCGGCCCGAAGACAUUGAAGCUCUUUUUACUAGAGAGACGCUCCCUUUGUGUGACACUACAAAUCUCUCAAAUUUAAGUUAUUAAACUCUAAAUCCAUAACCACUGACAUUUAUUUCGAUCCCUGCGUUUGUUUGUUUGUUUGUUUUUAAAUGAGUAUUUGUUCUAUCGGAAUCUGAGAGCGAGUUUCAUUGCUUUGAAACCGUGCAGCUCUGCCCGGCCACAGCAGGCAAAGUCACUACAUGACCGCUUCAUACCGAUUUGUAUCGUUCUCGCUGAUUUGUAUCGUUCUCGCUGGUUUGUAUCGUUCUCGCUGGUUUGUAUCGUUCUCGCUGAUUUGUAUCGUUCUCGCUGGUUUGUCGUGUCGUGCAGCACAGAGAGGCUCUGCCCGGCUCACAGCACUACACGACGGACAGCAUUGUGAGGGGCAAGUUUCUAAUCAAACCCGCAGGGCUCGGGUUUGAAUGUGCGAGCUGCUCAGGAUUUAGAUCCAGUGAAAUCGGGUUAUGGUGUAAAAAUGACUGAUUUUUAAAAUUUUAUUAUGUUUUUAAUUUGGUGUCUUAUCAUAGCUACUACUGAUUUUAUAAGAUGUUUGUGUUUUUUUAACUGUAUUUUUAAAUAAAUAGUUUUUUUUAGCUGUGA